AUGACUGUAUUUUCAUUUGAUAAGGGAAAGCAGUUUGACAACAAAUUUGAAACCAUUGAAUUCAUUAAUGAUGAGCCACUAUUGGUUGAUAAAAAUGAAUCAUUAAUGGGAAGUUAUGAUGUAAAGGGUAUUAGUGUCGGUGCUGAUAGAAGUCUUUGGGCUCUGAAUUACAACAAAAGAUCAGGAGAGUUGAAUGAUUAUUACUUCUAACUUAUUAAAUUGGAUCCCUUAUUCCAACAAUAGCAUGUAUUGGAUGGGAUCUAUGGGUAUAAAAUCGCAGUUUUCAAUGAGAUGUCCAUCGCUGUACUUGAUCUAAGGGGCAAAAUAAGAAUAUCAAAUGACGGGUUUCUUCAAUAAUGA